AUGCGGCAGUCCUCCUCGACGGAUAGGGUACUGCUGCUGCGGCGCGGUCGCCCCCAGUGCAGCUACACCAUCGACACGUCGAGCUGGGAGCAAAAGAGCCGCUUUAGCGCCUUUCGCAACAACCCCUGCGUCGGGAACCGUAACGUCACCAUCGCGCUCGUCGGCUUCGUCGGUGCCAUCUUGGCUGUCACCUGCGCGUUAGCUUACGUGCACGGUGCGGGUCACGGAGCCUACGAGCCUCUCGUGAACGACUACGACGCCACCACCACCGCCCAGACGUCCGCCUUGAUCGCCGUUGUGCGCGACGUCCCGGUACGCCGGCGGACGUCGCCUUCUCCAACCGAGCCGGCCGCGGCGCCCUUCCUGGUCACCAAGAAGCCUUCGACGCGGCGGCACCGCCCAGUUGCCCGUGCGGACCGACGCUCGCCGAGACGGGCUCCGAAGAAACAGCUAAGAGGGCGAGGCAUCGCCGCUCCUGGCACCGCACAUCCUCGAAGGCGCCAGAGGGUCACGAUGGCGGGAGCCGGACGCGCGACGAGGACCACUGUCACGGAGCAAGAAGAAACGGUAACCGCGAGCACGGAGGAACAGCGAACGAAGCAGCAGCAACGGCUGCAACAGCAAACGCGGUCGCCGCCUCGCCUUGCUGAAGACGAGGACGAUACGGAAGCGGAAGACAAGGUCGCGGCGUCGACGCCCCUACCUAAGCACCUGGUCCCGCGACACUACAGCGUGCUGCUCCAUCCGCACAACGACGGCUCGCGAUUCGUCUUCACUGGCGUGGUCAAGAUCAACGUCAAGUGCGUCGAGAGCACCCGCCAGGUUGUGCUGCAUGCUGCUGGAAUUCAGGUGAACAACGCGAAGGUGUCGUUCAUCGCCGCGGCAGCUAACAGGAGCGCCGUUCACGAAAUACUAGUGCGGCGCGUCGACAUCAACAACAGCACGCAGCAGGUGACGCUCGAUCUGGCGAGUUUUCUGCACGCACAAGUCACCUACGACGUAUCCAUCAGUUACGUUGGAGCUGUGAGCCGCUGGCCUAAAGGGCUCUACAAGGCUUCCUACAAGCUCAAGAACGGUUCGGAAGGGUGGAUGGCUUUCACCCGCAUGAGGCCGAGGUACGCCCGCCGCGUGUUCCCGUGCUUCGACGAACCUUCUUACCGAGCGACCUUCGAUGUGGAGGUCUUGAGGCGUAAGGACUUCAACUCCAUCUCCAGCAUGCCCAUAUUGAAGAUUGAAAUGAGGUACGUCAAUGAAUAUAGUAUUAUCGAUCUUGCUUAUUUGCUUCGCUACAUCAUUCGCAUGUGA